CCUCAACACUUUCGAAAGUUUAAACCAAAGUCGUCAAUUUUCCAAACAAAACUCCAAUGGCCAUACAGUCACUCGCGGCAGGACCCACCUUCCCAUUCCCGCCGCCAUCCAACCACCGCCCAACACCAUCCCGCAACAAACCCACAACCUCGCCUGGCCCCGACCGCCCUUCUUCAUCCUCAACUUCCAUUAAAAAAUGGGGGCCCCCACUUCCUGCAAUAAAGGAAUACACCAAAGAAAAGGAGAGAGAAUCAAAAGAGAGAAAAGAAGAAAUCAACAGUAAAAUUGCAUCCAGAAAAGCCAUUUCUGUGAUUCUUAGAAGAGAAGCUACCAAAGCUGUGCUUGAGAAGAAGAAAGGGAUUAGUUCUAAGAGGCUUUUACCUAGGACUGUUCUUGAAUCCCUUCAUGAACGUAUUACUGCUCUUCGUUGGGAAUCUGCUCUCAAGAUAUUUGAACUAAUGAGGGAGCAGUUAUGGUAUAAACCCAACUCUGGUAUUUACAUAAAGCUUAUUGUCAUGCUUGGAAAAUGCAAGCAGCCCCAGAAAGCUCAUGAACUGUUUUUAGCUAUGGUUGACGAGGGCUGCGUUGUAGACCAUGAAGCAUGCACUGCUCUGUUGUCAGCCUACAGCAGGAGCUGUCAGUUUGAUGAAGCCUUCGCGUUGCUUGAGCAUAUGAAGAACAGUAGUAAUUGUAGACCUGAUGUUUAUACGUACUCGAUCUUCAUAAAGUCUUGCCUCCAUGUUUUUGCCUUUGAUAAAGUUCGUAUGCUGCUUUCUGAUAUGGUGUCCCAGGGAAUCCCGCCCAACACAGUCACAUAUAAUACCUUGAUUGAUUCUUAUGGAAAAGCAGGAAAGUUUGCAGAAAUGGAAUCAAUACUAGCAGAAAUGCUUACUAAUCGGCAUUGUGAACCUGAUGUAUGGACCAUGAAUUCUACACUUAGAGCUUUUGGUAACAGCGGACAAAUUGAGAUGAUGGAGACAUGUUACGAGAAGUUUCAGGGUGCUGGAAUUGAACCCAACAUAAGAACUUUCAACAUACUGUUAGAUUCAUAUGGCAAAUCUGAAAAUUAUGAGAAGAUGAGUGCUGUUAUGGAAUACAUGCAGAAAUAUCAUUACUCGUGGACAAUUGUGACCUACAACGUGGUAAUAGACGCAUUUGGAAGAGCUGGGGAUUUAAAGCAGAUGGAAUUUUUGUUUAGGUUGAUGCAGUCAGAAAGGAUUAAGCCGAAUUGUGUCACAUUUUGCUCACUUGUCAGGGCUUACGGAAGAGCUGGAAUAGCCGAGAAAAUUGAGAGUGUUUUGCGAAUAAUUGAGAACACGGAUGUAACUUUGGAUAUCGUGUUCUUCAACUGUCUGGCGGAUGCAUACGGGAGGAUGGAACGGUUUGCUGAAAUGAAGGAAGUCCUUGAGAUGAUGAAGAACAAAGGAUGUAAACCUGAUAGUGUUACUUAUCGAACCAUGAUCAAAGCUUAUACUAUGGCUGGAAUGGCAACUCAAGCAAAGGAGUUGAGAGAUUAUAUUACAUCUUCAGAGGAUUCUUUGAGAUUCAAACACCCCAACUAAUGUAUGAAUUAUUAUAGAAAUCGAUAAUCAUAUCAAGUAUCAAGUAUAAUGUAGGAAAUAUAGCUAUUAUCUUAGGGUGAAAUGUAAAAUUAAUUUUGUCCAAAAUUUUAACUUGUGAAGUAAAUUUAUAUGGUACCCCUACUCGAUACAA